ACAAUGGAACGGAAACGCUGCAGUAAACAACAGUAAACAGUUGAUAAGAAACCUAAUUGAGCGACGUAACAGCAAAAAAUACUCCCGGUCAACGGUCUUCAAUGUCAAGCCUAGUCAAAAUUAUCCGCCACAGUAUUUCCAGCCCCAAUCGACAGCAACAACUACGUAAGAUGGCGAGCGUAGCAGAACUAACUAGAAACGGUCAAAGUGCCACAAUUGCCGUGGGACAGAUGCGCUCAACCAACGACAAGGUCGGGAAUCUGAGCCAGGUGAAGGAGCUCAUAAAGAAAGCCAAAUCUGAGAAUGCACAAAUGCUCUUUCUUCCCGAGUGCUGCGACUUUGUGGGCGAAUCUCGCAAACAGACAAUCGAGCUGGCAGAAAGAUUGGAUGGGAAACUGGUUUCAGAAUACAAAGAGCUAGCCAAGUGCCACCAGAUGUGGCUCUCGCUCGGGGGCAUACACGAAUUGAACGAUCAGGGGAAAAUCUACAAUGCCCAUGUUCUUGUAAGUGAGACGGGCGAGCUCGCUGCAGUCUACCGCAAGAUGCACUUGUUCGAUGCCACUACGAAGGAAAUACGGCUACGCGAAUCAGAUACAGUGUCGGCUGGAGAGCGCUUGGAGAGGCCAGUGGCAACCCCUGCUGGCCAAGUUGGUCUACAGAUUUGCUACGAUCUGCGUUUUGCUGAGCCGGCUGUCUUGUUAAGAAAGUUGGGAGCCCAAAUGCUGACGUAUCCAGCUGCCUUUACCUACGCAACGGGCAAAGCGCAUUGGGAGAUUCUUCUGCGUGCCAGGGCGAUUGAGACGCAGUGUUUUGUAGUCGCCGCAGCGCAACAAGGAUGGCAUAAUAAGAAGCGACAGAGCUGGGGCCACAGCAUGAUAAUCAGUCCAUGGGGAAAGGUCUUGGCCGAUGUUGGCGGUGAAAAGGACUUGGAUAUAGCCACAGCAAAGAUAGACCUUUCUGCUCUUGACUCGCUUUAUCAAAGCAUGCCCUGCUUUGAGCACCGACGCAGUGAUAUUUACAGCUUGACGGCUUACAACCUUCGUGGCAGUGAACCCGACGCGGAUCGUGCCUUUGCGGAGAACAUAGUGGACAAGCGCACCAUUUUCUACGAAUCAGAGCACUGCUUUGCAUUUACCAAUCUUCGUUGCGUGGUCGAGGGUCACGUCUUGGUGUCUACCAAGCGAGUAACCCCCCGGUUGUGCGGACUCGAUUGUGCCGAGUUGACAGACAUGUUCGCAACUGUUUGCAUGGUCCAGCGGCUGCUGGAGAAGAUCUAUCAAACCACAUCGGCCACAGUUACUGUGCAAGAUGGAGAACAAGCCGGGCAAACUGUGCCCCAUGUCCACUUCCAUGUCAUGCCGCGUCGCCAAGGGGACUUUGGUCACAACGAUCAGAUCUAUGUUAAGCUCGAGGAUUGCACCGAAAGCAAGCCACCGCGCACACUACAAGAGAGGAUCGAUGAGGCUCAGAUUUAUCGCAACUAUUUGAGCGAAAGCUAAAAAGUGGUUGAAUAGUUAUGCCCUGUAAUUACCUUGACACAUACUAAUAAAAACAGAUCUUAGCCGGGAAGGCAGACUUUAGCUGAA